AUCAAUUGAAGAUGAAAGAUGAAGAGGAGGGAAAUAUGUAUUCCGUCAAAUGUAAAGUUAUCAAGGUUAAGAAUGGGUGGUGCUAUGUUGGAUGUGGAACCUGUCCACAAAAACUUGAAGAAGAAUCAGAUGAGUACUUCUGUGGGACCUGUAUGACGACGUUAAAGACCACAACAUCAAGAUUCAGGAUACAACUUCGAGCCGCGGACAAAACAACUCAAGCAGACUUUGUUGUUCUGGAUCGAGAGAGUGCUCGAUUUUUUGGUAUAUCUGCUGAGAAACUAUUCCAAGACAACGAUCGAAUGAGAGGACCACCACCUGCUCAUCUACUACAAAUUGAGGGAAUGACUCUGAAAUUCGACAUCAAGCUCACUGAUUAUAACAUCGCAAACCCAACAAGUGAGUACACAAUUUGGAAGAUUGGGCUGGAGGAUGAUAACAAUAACUCAAACAAUCACCCCGAAUCAAUUGAGGAGAUCGAAAAUGGCAUUGGCAAUGAUGCGGUGGCUAGAAUCGGUGUAACAAAUGAUGAUGCUCUUGAGAAGAAUGUGGAGUCUCCUGAUAUUGAACCAAAACAGAGGACUAAUGGAGAAGAAGACUUCAAUACCGGUGGAGAUGAUGAUGUUGCUAAUGACAAAGGAAAUGCAAACAAGCUAAAAAGAAAACAUGGAGUGAUAGUCUCUGACAAUGAGGAACAAAUAGAAUGAUUAGCGAAAGCAAAUUAGGAGUCGGUCCCCUGGCAUAGGGUUUCUAUAUUCUUUUUUCGGAAAACAAUUUUACUCAAUGAGUCG